CCACACCGUCUCUAACAACCCAACCUCCAAAUAAUCACUACAGUAAGUAACGUAUCCAAGUAACUAUCAUUAUUCAUUAUUACUACUUUCUAAUUAUCACUCACACCUUCAACGCUUUGGAUUCUCGUUAAGCCCACGAGUCUCACGCGUCUCAUUCUCACACAGUCACACACAUCGAUGGGCUUCGUUUUCGGAGUGGUGGUCGGAAUAAUUGUGGGCCUGGGCAUCAUAGUGGGCUUCGUCCGCGGCGAGAAUGCGCGGGCCGCCCAACGCUCCAAGCUGGCCACCACCGUCGCCGCCUUCGCCCGAAUGACCGUCGAAGAUUCCAGAAAGAUCCUGCCGCCUCAGUUCUACCCAUCCUGGGUCGUUUUCUCUUCCAGCCAGAAGUUAACUUGGCUCAACUCGCAUCUCACCAAGAUCUGGCCCUAUGUUAAUGAGGCUGCUUCCGAGCUCAUAAAGACGUCGGUGGAACCGAUUCUCGAAGAGUAUAGACCCGUGAUUUUGGCUGCUCUCAAGUUUUCUAAGUUUACUCUUGGAACUGUAGCGCCACAGUUUACAGGAGUGUCUAUAAUUGAGGAUGGAGGGGAUGGUGUUACAAUGGAGUUAGAAAUGCAAUGGGAUGGAAAUCCAAGUAUUAUACUUGAUAUUAAAACCUUGCUUGGUGUUGCACUACCAGUGCAGGUAAAAAAUAUUGGAUUUACGGGUGUUUUCAGGUUGAUCUUUAAGCCGCUAGUCGAUGAAUUUCCUGGUUUUGGUGCUGUUAGCUAUUCAUUAAGGCAGAAGAAAAAGUUGGAUUUUACUCUAAAAGUCAUCGGCGGAGACAUAUCAACAAUCCCUGGAUUAUAUGAUGCAAUUGAGGGGACAAUUCGGGAUGCUGUUGAAGAUUCUAUCACAUGGCCUGUGAGAAAAGUUGUACCCAUUUUGCCUGGAGAUUACAGUGAUUUGGAGUUGAAGCCUGUGGGGAUAUUAGAAGUAAAGCUUGUGCAAGCCAAGGAAUUAACAAACAAGGAUAUCAUUGGAAAAUCAGAUCCAUAUGCUGUAGUAUACAUACGGCCUUUACGUGACAGAAUGAAGAAAAGCAAGACAAUUAACAAUGAUUUGAAUCCAAUUUGGAAUGAACACUUUGAAUUUAUUGUUGAGGAUGUGUCCACUCAGCACUUAAUUGUCAAAGUUUAUGAUUCUGAGGGUUUACAGUCAUCUGAAUUGAUUGGAUGUGCUCAGCUGGGGCUUAGUAAACUUCAACCUGGUAAAGUAAAGGAUGUUUGGUUGAAGUUGGUCAAGGAUUUGGAGAUCCAAAAGGAUAACAAGAACAGAGGGCAGGUACAUUUGGAGCUCUUGUACUGUCCAUUUGGCAUGGAGAAUAGCUUUACAAACCCAUUUGCUCCCAACUACUCAAUGACAUCUUUAGAAAAGGUUCUUAAAAAUGCAACGAAUGGAAUAGACUCUAAUGGAAAUGAAAAUGCAGUUACCCAAAAGAAAAAAGAGGUUAUUAUUAGAGGAGUCCUUUCUGUUACUGUAAUUUCUGCCGAAGACUUGCCUGCGACAGAUUUCAUGGGGAAAUCUGAUCCUUUUGUUGUUCUUACCUUGAAGAAAGCAGAAACAAAAAACAAAACCAGGGUUGUGAAUGACAGCUUGAAUCCAGUUUGGAAUCAGACAUUUGACUUCGUUGUGGAGGAUGGAUUACAUGACAUGCUAAUUGUUGAGGUUUGGGACCACGACACAUUUGGAAAGGAUUAUAUGGGGAGAUGCAUAUUGACGCUUACAAAGGUAAUACUGGAGGGGGAAUACAAAGAACGCUUUGAGCUAGAUGGUGCCAAGUCUGGCUAUUUGAAUUUGCAUCUCAAGUGGGUGCCGCAACCAAUUUUCCGUGAUUCAUAAGUUUUCCCAUCCACACUACAAAUUUAUAGAGGUUGUAGUUGUGGCCCUGGACCAUACUUCCCCACACACUCAUCGUGUAUCUUAACAGCACUUAUAGUUGACAAAUGUACAUAUACCAGAUAUCAGAUUAUCCUUUUCCAUCAUUUUCCCCUUCAUUAUUCUGGGAUGUAAAAUUCACGUGCUUGAAUAGUUGUCUUUUAGCUCUAUUUUUGGUUCAUUUAUUAGUCGCCGUGCUCCGGAAUUUUACACAUGAAAUACUGUAAUAAUCUACUUUGCAUUUGAUAAUUUAAUAAUUUCAAAUCUUUACUA